UUGAGAAGCCUUCACAUGCCAUCUUUGGUAAUCUCGUGGAGGCGUCUCUAUAUUUAGUAAAUUAACGGAGGCGCCUUGAUAGGGCUAAACACAUGCUAUUAAUUUUAAAAUUAAUUAUUUUAAAUUAACGUAAAAUUUCAUAUAAACACACAUUCUAAACCUUUUCGAAACCUUCCGGACGUGGGAAGGCCUGCCCACUCAUGAUGGAGGCCCAACCCACUUGCCUGUGAAGCCUGACAUGCCAACCUUUGAAAAUUAGAAAAGACUGCGCGGCGCCCUCGCUAGUAACGGGCUAGUGCUCUUCUCCGAUACCCAUCUAAUUGGAACCUUCCUUUGCAAAUUCCAACUGCAGCUCCAAAACUUACCAUUCUUUGUCUCACCAUGUCAACCCCCACACCUUCCACCACUCCAAACGGCCGAUCCUCAAGAGUUUUCAGCGAAUCAGACGAAACCCAGAUCCUAAGAUGUUUAAUCAGAGCCACCAAAUCCGUUUCUCCACCGAUCACAACUGUUGGUACCCCAACAAUCAACCGUAUCGUCAAGCGUCUCAACUAUCAGUUCAGUCCUUCCCAAAUCAACGACAAGGUCCGUAGACUGAGAAUGAAGUACCACAAACAUGCAAGAACCAAGUCCCUUGUAAGAACCCAUCACGACCGAAGGAUAUUCAAGCUUUCAAAAAGAAUAUGGGGCAAGAAAAUAACCCCAAAGAAGGCAAAAGAGCGAAUGGAAAGUGGAAAGGGAGAUGGAGUUUGGGAUUUGGACAAGUUCCCUUAUUUAGUGGCUGAGUUUUCGAGGGUUUUGCCUGACAAUGAGGUGUGGAAAGAGAGGAUGAAGGGGUUGGAAGAGGAGAAGUUGAAGAAGAUGGAUCAAGAAUGGGUAUUGAUAAAGGUUGAAGAAGCUAAAUUGGUGGCUAAGAAGGCUGAGUUGAUGCAGAAGCAGAUUAUGGAGAUAAUGGGAGAAACUGGAUCUGCCAAUGGGGUCCUUUAGGUGUUUAAUUGCAGUUUUCAUUGUACUUCAACUUUCAUCAAUUGACUUAAUUGUUUUGUUUGGUUGGCUAUUGAGGGUUGAACUGCAAACUGAGGAACAAUUGUAGGAUUUUAAGGUUAACAAUGUUUUUUGUCCAGCUCAUUAAUCCAAAUGUUGUAAAUGAAGUUGAAAGUGUGAAGCUUUGAAUUAUUUUUGAGCUUUCAUAUCCCUUUUUUUUUUCCUUAUUUUGUGCUGUUUUCAGCUCUGGCGUUUGCCACAUUUAUGAGUAAACUAUAGCAGCAGCAUUUUGAACUGAUGGGAAAUGACUUUCAGAUUUGGAAAUACCUUGUGUCAAUGGAAACUUCAAACUACUAUGAUGCUUGUUACAGAGAUUACAAGGGGUAAU